ACGAGCUCACUAAUUUGUGACGCGGACAGAAUUCCUUCCGCCGCUCUCUUUCCUCUCUCUCUGCAUUGGGUGUUCGAAGAUUUCAGAAGCAUCCAAUCCUCUCAUCUCAGUGCAUGUUUUUUUUGGAUCUGGGUCUCUGAGAAACCAAGUCAGGCAAUCAAAAUUCAUCACUUCCAUCAAUUUACUUGCGAGAAAUCAUCAAUUUCAACAAGGAUUUUGCUUGAAAUGUGCCGCAAAGGGAUAAAAAUCUGAUCUUGGAGCUGCUUCAGCACUUUUUUAAGCAAGUGCGAAAGUCUUAAAACUGGUGAUAAUUUAGAGAGAGAAUGGAAUCUCGAAACGGGUUUUACCCUGUAGCAGAGCUUGAUUUGGACCCGAAAUGGUUGGUGGAUCCGAAGCUUCUCUUUGUAGGGCCGAAGAUUGGAGAAGGAGCUCAUGCCAAAGUCUACGAGGGAAAAUACAAAAAUCGGAAUGUUGCUAUCAAAAUUGUUGAGAAAGGGGAUACAGCUGAAGAGAUUGCAAAGAAGGAGGCGAGAUUUGCAAGAGAGGUUGCGAUGCUUUCCAGAGUCCAACAUAAGAAUUUAGUUAAGUUCAUUGGUGCUUGCAAGGAGCCUGUGAUGGUUUUAGUGACUGAACUUCUGCUUGGUGGGACGUUGCGAAAGCACUUGAUCAGCCUGCGCCCUGGGUGCCUCGAUAUUCGGGUAGCUAUUGGAUUUGCGCUUGAUAUAGCUCGUGCAAUGGAGUGCUUGCACUCCCAUGGAAUCAUCCACCGUGACCUUAAACCUGAGAAUUUGCUCUUGACAGAAGAUCGAAGAACAGUCAAACUUGCAGAUUUUGGUCUUGCUAGAGAAGAGUCGUUGACUGAGAUGAUGACUGCGGAGACGGGAACCUAUCGCUGGAUGGCCCCAGAGCUGUAUAGUACUGUCACACUAAGGCAGGGUGAAAAGAAGCAUUAUAACCACAAAGUGGAUGCUUAUAGCUUCGCGAUCGUUUUAUGGGAGCUCAUACACAACAAGUUACCCUUCGAAGGCAUGUCAAAUCUGCAGGCGGCCUAUGCUGCAGCUUUUAAAAACGUACGGCCGAGUGCGGAUGAGCUUCCGGAGGAACUGGCUCGAAUAGUGACCUUAUGUUGGAAGGAAGACGCUGAUGCUCGCCCCAACUUCACUCAGAUAAUACAAAUGCUCCUGGAAUAUCUUUCCGCGACCUCUCUGCCUGAGCCAGCCAUACCGCACCGCAUCUUCAAAAGCACUUCUGAGAUGAAUGCUGUCUUCCCACCGGAGUCCCCAGGGACGAGCUCGCUGAUGGCGAAGAGGGGUGACAUGGCCGGCACGCCGACUGCAGCGACUGAAGAUGAGCCGAGAGGACUUUUCUUCUGCUGUUGCUAGCCGCAUUGAUUUUCGAGGCAAGAGUGGUUGUAAAUUAUGGAGUUUUUAGAGGCUGCUGUGAUGGUGUUGCAGUGAAACUGUGAGGUCCAUCCAAAUGCCUUUUGCUCCAUUGAUUUGUAGAUUUUCUCUAAAGAGAAUCAAUAAUGGUUGGUUCUCUGUUUAUGUUGCAUGUGGUUGUGGUGACUCGAACUCCCAACCUGUUGAUUUCAAAGAAAAUAAUUUACCAACUAAUUUGCUCGACA